AUGAGCAAUCGUACCACAGUGAGCACAUUCCUUCUGUGGGGAUUUUCCAGUUUCCCAGACCUGCAGAGUCUCCUCUUUGUGGUGAUUUUCUUCUCCCACGUGACCAUCCUAGCUGCAAAUGUGUCCAUAAUGGUGGCCAUCAAGCUCAGUCACAACCUUCACACCCCCAUGUACUUUUUCCUCGGUGGCCUGUCCUUUUCAGAAACUUGUACCACUAUGGUAAUCCUCCCCCGCAUGUUAGUGGACUUGCUAUCAGAGAGCAAGACCAUUGCUCUUUCUGAAUGUGCCACACAGAUGUUUUUCUUCUUUGGCUUGUCAGGCAAUAACUGCUUCAUCAUGGCUGCCAUGUCCUAUGACCGCUACACUGCCAUUCAAAACCCACUGCAUUAUGCCAUCCAGAUGACCCACAAGAUCUGCUUUCAGCUGAUUUUGGCCUCUUGGGUGGUUGGAUUCAUGGUUUCUCUGUGUAUCAUCUUCAUUGUAUUCAACUUAUCUUUCUGUGACUCCAACACCAUCCGGCACUUCUUCUGCGACAUCUCGCCUGUGGUCUCCCUUGCUUGUGAUUACACUUUGUAUCAUGGAAUGGCUAUUUUUGUGCUCUCUGCCUUUGUGUUGGUGGGCAGCUUUAUUUUAAUUACGAUUUCCUAUGUCUUUAUUGGGUCCAUAGUUGUGAAGAUGCCUUCUGCAAAGGGGAAGUAUAAGGCCUUCUCGACUUGCUCCUCCCACCUCAUUGUAGUGUGCAUCCACUAUGGAUUUGCUUGCUUUGUUUAUUUGAGGCCCAAGGACAGUGACUCAUUCUGUGAAGAUAUGCUGAUGGCUGUGACAUACACAGUGCUGACACCUCUGCUUAAUCCUAUAAUUUACAGUCUAAGAAACAAAGAAAUUCAGAUAGCCCUAAGGAAGGUAGUAGACAAUGCAAAUAGGUUUAUCCAUCAGAUGGUAAAUAAAAGAACUCUACACAUUAAAAAAUUUAUAGUUUUCUGA